AAGAUAUUAUCAUCGUUCAUCUAUCUAUCUAUGAUCUAUCUACAUUCUUUAUUCUUCCUGAGUUCAUGACUUUUUAGUGAGUACUGAGUAGUGACUGAAUACGUAUUACACUGUUAAGUAAUCCGUAUUCACUAAACAUUGUCUAUCUCGAUUUCUGGGCAGCGUGCCAGUGUGGAAUAAAUUUGUGUCGUAUAUUUUUCUCUACUUUCGUAGUUGAUUGUUCAUUUAUUCAUUAAAUAUUACAACGGUCGAAAACAUUUGCUUUAACAAUGUCGAUAAGGAUCAUAACCAGAGCAAUUCAAAGAUUAAGUACAGUUCAGACUGGUACCAGGAUGCCUAGAUAUUUCAAACAGAUAACCCGAGCUGAAUCCACUACAGUGGUACCUAAACAAAAAUUUGAUUCAGUAACAGAACAAUAUAUUGGAUUUGGAAAUUUUGUUGCUGAAUGUUUACCUAAGUAUAUUCAAAAAAUUCAAAUUAGUUCUAAAAAUGAAUUAGAAUUACUGAUAGCACCAGAAGGUGUCUUACCAGUAUUUCAGUUUUUAAAAAAUCAAACGAAUUGCCAGUUUGCCAACUUAUCUGAUAUAUGUGCUGUAGAUGUUCCUCAACGUUCAAAUAGAUUUGAGAUUGUUUACAAUCUGUUAUCACUUCGAUUCAAUACUCGCAUACGUGUUAAGACUUAUACUGAUGAGUUAACACCGAUUGAUUCCAUUACAUCUAUUUAUGAAGCAGCAAACUGGUACGAAAGAGAGAUUUGGGAUAUGUUUGGAGUGUUUUUCACUAAUCAUCCAGAUUUAAGAAGAAUUCUUACUGAUUAUGGAUUUGAAGGUCAUCCAUUCCGUAAAGAUUUUCCAUUGUCUGGAUAUGUAGAAGUGAGGUAUGAUGAUGAAAAAAAGAGAGUUGUGGUAGAGCCAUUGGAAAUGUCGCAAGAAUUCAGACGUUUUGAGCUGUCUACUCCAUGGGAACAAUUUCCGAAUUUUAGAAGUGCCAGUCCCACCACUGAAGAAGUAGCAUCAGCAGACAAAGAAAAAAAAUAAGUUAACUUUUCCAGAUUUAUCAGAAACCUCAACAAUAGGCAAUCCAAUUUCUUUCUUCAACACCGCUCUUAUUGCUUCAACCUGAAGCAUUUCAAACACUUAUUGUUUAAGGACAAUGUGGAUUUAUUAUAUGUAGAUAUGUACUUCAUUCUAGAGUAAUAAAAAAUUAAUGUUAUGAUCAA